CAGAGAAUGAUCCGAAAUCUGCUCUCCCGGUCACAGAAGCCCAAGCACCAGCGCUUGUCAGAGGAGCCGCAGGUGAAGUACAAAGGGAACGUGGUUUCGGAGACACAGCUCAACCAUGUCUACGUUCGUCCUGGAGGCUCCAACUACUCGAGCCCAUGUCCGGACCCUGCCACCCUGAACGCACAUGGAGAGGUAGGCUUGGCGCCAGAGCACAUCCCAAGGCCAGGAGCGGCCCUCACCUGGCAGGCUGCCAUCGAUGCAGCUCGCCAGGCCAAGUUGAUGGGCACCAACGCCCCCAUAUCCACCGUCAGCUCCACCCAGCGCAAGCGUCAGAACUACGGAAAGCAGAAGAAGCAGGGCACCGCCGCCACCACGCGCCCCCCUCGCGCCCUGCUCUGCCUCACGCUCAAGAACCCCAUCCGUAGAGCCUGCAUCAGCAUUGUUGAGUGGAAAUCCUUUGAAAUAAUAAUUUUGCUGACUAUUUUUGCUAACUGCGUGGCCUUAGCUGUCUACAUCCCUUUCCCGGAGGAUGAUUCCAACGCCACCAACUCCAAUCUGGAACGGGUGGAAUAUCUCUUCCUCAUCAUUUUCACAGUGGAAGCAUUUUUAAAAGUAAUAGCCUAUGGACUUCUGUUUCACCCCAAUGGGUACCUGCGCAACGGAUGGAAUUUACUAGAUUUUAUUAUCGUGGUGGUAGGGCUUUUCAGCGCUAUUUUAGAACAAGCAACGAAAGCAGAGGGGACGAACCCGAUAGGCGGGAAGGCGGCAGGAUUCGAUGUGAAAGCUCUCCGGGCCUUCCGAGUCCUGCGUCCUUUGAGACUGGUGUCCGGCGUUCCCAGUCUUCAGGUAGUAUUGAACUCCAUCAUUAAGGCCAUGGUGCCCCUACUGCACAUCGCCUUGCUGGUGCUCUUUGUAAUCAUCAUCUACGCCAUCAUAGGACUGGAACUUUUCAUGGGCAAAAUGCACAGGACCUGCAUGUUCUUCAGAGAUGGCCUAACAGGAAUGACUGCAGAGGAGAAGCCGGCCCCCUGUGCCCCGGACACAGCGCACGGGCGGCACUGUAAAAACACCACCAAAUGCGAGAUGGGCUGGGUGGGACCCAACGACGGCAUCAGCAACUUCGAUAACUUCGCCUUCGCCAUGCUCACCGUCUUUCAGUGCAUCACCAUGGAGGGCUGGACCGACGUGCUCUACAACAUGCAGGACGCUAUGGGCUAUGAGCUCCCUUGGGUCUAUUUUGUCAGUCUGGUUAUCUUCGGAUCCUUUUUCGUUCUAAAUCUGGUUCUGGGGGUGUUGAGCGGAGAGUUCUCGAAGGAGCGUGAGAAGGCCAAGGCACGCGGAGACUUCCAGAAACUGAGAGAGAAGCAGCAGUUGGAGGAGGAUCUGAAGGGGUACCUGGACUGGAUCACCCAGGCAGAGGACAUCGACCCUGAGAACGAGGAGGAGGGGCUGGACGAGGAGAAGCCACGCCUGAGCAUGCCUACCAGUGAAAAUGAAUCUGUGAACGCAGACAGGGGGGCAGCAGGGGAACUGGAAGGAGAAAACUGUUACACUCGCCUUGCAAAUAGGAUCUCCAAAUCCAAGUUCAGUCGGUACUCGCGGAGGUGGAACCGGUUUUGCCGGAGGAAGUGCCGCGCGGCUGUGAAGUCCAACGUGUUCUAUUGGCUGGUGAUCUUCCUGGUGUUCCUCAACACUCUGACCAUCGCCUCUGAGCACCACAAUCAAGUCGACUGGCUCACCGAGGUUCAAGACACUGCCAACAAGGUCAUGCUGGUCCUGUUCACAGCGGAGAUGUUGCUCAAGAUGUACAGCCUGGGCCUGCAGGCCUACUUCGUGUCGCUGUUCAAUCGCUUCGACUGCUUCAUCGUGUGCGGGGGCAUCCUGGAGACCAUCCUGGUGGAGACCAAGGUCAUGUCUCCGCUGGGCAUCUCGGUGCUGCGCUGCGUGCGGCUGCUAAGGAUCUUCAAGAUCACCCGGUACUGGAAUUCCCUGAGUAACCUGGUGGCGUCCCUGCUGAACUCAGUGCGCUCCAUCGCCUCCCUCCUCCUCCUGCUCUUCCUCUUUAUCAUCAUCUUCUCCCUGCUCGGCAUGCAGCUGUUUGGAGGCAAGUUUAACUUCGAUGAGAUGGAGACACGGAGAAGCACCUUCGACAACUUCCCCCAGUCCCUGCUCACUGUCUUUCAGAUCCUGACCGGAGAAGACUGGAACUCCGUGAUGUAUGAUGGAAUCAUGGCCUACGGAGGACCCUCUUUCCCUGGAAUGCUGGUCUGCAUUUACUUCAUCAUCCUGUUCAUCUGCGGAAACUAUAUCCUGCUGAAUGUCUUCUUGGCCAUCGCUGUGGAUAACCUGGCGGAUGCCGAGAGUCUGACGUCGGCCCAGAAGGAGGAAGAGGAGGAGAAGGAGAGGAAGAAACUGGCCAGGACUGCCAGUCCGGAGAAACAUCCUGACAAUGAGAAGCAACCGAUUGAAGAGGAGAAAAAAGAAGAGAAAAUCGAGCUGAAAUCGAUCACGGUCGACGGAGAGAUCACUAUUGAUGAAUUCCCAGUGGAUGACAAUGAAGAGAAGAAUCCGUACCCUGCCAAUGACUUCCCAGGUGAUGAUGACGAGGAGGAGCCCGAGAUGCCCAUGGGCCCGCGGCCCCGUCCGCUCUCUGAGGUGCAUCUGAAGGAGAAGGCUGUCCCCAUGCCUGAGGCCCGGGCCUUCUUCAUCUUCAGCCACACUAACGAGUUCCGGAUCUCCUGCCACAAGAUAGUGAACCACAACAUCUUCACCAACCUCAUCCUCUUCCUCAUCCUGCUCAGCAGCAUCUCCCUGGCAGCUGAGGACCCUGUGCGGAACGACUCCUUCAGGAACAAGAUCCUGGGAUAUGCCGACUAUGUCUUCACUGGCAUCUUCACGAUAGAGAUCAUCCUGAAGAUGACUGCCUAUGGAGCUUUCCUCCACAAGGGAUCCUUCUGUCGGAACUACUUCAACAUCCUGGACCUGGUGGUGGUCAGCGUGUCUCUCAUCUCCUCUGGCAUUCAGUCCAGCGCCAUCAAUGUGGUGAAGAUCCUGAGAGUCCUGAGGGUGCUGAGACCUCUGAGAGCUAUCAACAGAGCCAAGGGGCUGAAGCAUGUGGUCCAGUGUGUGUUUGUGGCUAUACGGACCAUUGGAAACAUCGUCAUCGUCACCAGUCUGCUGCAGUUCAUGUUUGCCUGUAUUGGCGUCCAGCUAUUCAAGGGGAAGUUCUACACUUGCUCAGAUGGGUCAAAGCAGACAGAGGCGGAAUGCAGAGGAUACUACAUUGUGUACAAAGACGGGGAUGUGAGCAUGCCAGACAAAGCAGAGCGCAAGUGGGAAAACAGCAACUUCAACUUCGAUAAUGUACCGACUGGGAUGCUAGCUCUCUUCACCGUCUCCACCUUUGAGGGCUGGCCAGGUCUGCUCUACAGAGCCAUUGAUUCCCAUUCGGAGGAUGUGGGGCCUAUCUACAACCACCGUGUGGAGAUCUCCAUCUUCUUCAUCAUCUACAUCAUCAUCAUCGCCUUCUUCAUGAUGAACAUCUUCGUGGGCUUCGUCAUCGUCACCUUCCAGGAGCAGGGAGAGCAGGAGUACAAGAACUGUGAGCUGGACAAGAACCAGCGCCAGUGUGUGGAAUACGCCCUGAAGGCCCGUCCCCUGCGGCGCUACAUUCCCAAGAACCCCUACCAGUACAAGGUGUGGUAUGUCGUCAACUCCACCUACUUCGAGUACCUCAUGUUCGUCCUCAUCCUCCUCAACACCAUCUGCCUGGCCAUGCAGCAUCAUGGCCAGUCUAUGUCCUUCAACAAUGCCAUGAAUGUGCUCAACAUGCUGUUUACUGGGCUCUUCACCGUGGAGAUGAUCCUCAAACUCAUCGCCUUUAAGCCACGGGGUUACUUUAGUGAUCCGUGGAAUAUAUUUGACUUCCUGAUCGUUAUUGGCAGCAUAAUAGACGUCAUACUGAGUGAAAUCAAUCCAGCUGACUCUGCCUCGUCUUCCCACUCCUCCAUGGUAAGACCAAUGGGGCUGCAGAACACCGAAGACAACUCCCGGAUCUCAAUCACCUUCUUCCGGCUCUUCCGGGUCAUGAGACUGGUGAAGCUACUGUCCCGGGGAGAAGGAAUACGGACCCUGCUGUGGACCUUCAUCAAGUCUUUCCAGGCCCUGCCAUAUGUAGCUCUCCUCAUAGUGAUGCUUUUUUUCAUCUAUGCUGUGAUUGGGAUGCAGAUGUUUGGUAAGAUUGCGCUAAGGGACAACAGUCCUGUUAACAGAAACAACAACUUCCAAACCUUCCCCCAGGCUGUGCUGCUGCUCUUCAGAUGUGCCACAGGAGAAGCCUGGCAGGAGAUCAUGCUGGCCUGUAAACCCCCACGUCCUUGUGAGAGUGGCUCGGAGCCGGGACACAGCAACGAGGAAGAGAACUGCGGCAGCCACUUUGCCAUCUUCUACUUCGUCAGCUUCUACAUGCUCUGCGCCUUCUUGAUCAUUAACCUCUUUGUGGCUGUCAUCAUGGACAACUUUGACUACCUGACGAGAGACUGGUCAAUCCUCGGACCCCACCACCUAGACGAGUUCAAGAGGAUCUGGGCUGAAUACGACCCAGAAGCAAAGGGAAGGAUAAAACACUUGGAUGUGGUGACUCUGCUGCGGAGAAUCCAGCCCCCUCUCGGUUUUGGGAAGCUGUGUCCUCACAGAGUUGCCUGCAAGCGGCUGGUCUCCAUGAACAUGCCUCUCAACAGCGACGGCACGGUCAUGUUCAACGCCACUCUCUUUGCUUUGGUACGAACUGCAUUGCGGAUAAAAACUGAAGGCAACCUGGACCAGGCCAAUGAGGAGCUCAGAGCGAUCAUUAAGAAAAUCUGGAAAAGGACCAGCAUGAAGCUCCUGGACCAAGUGGUGCCACCUGCGGGAGAUGAUGAAGUCACGGUUGGGAAGUUUUAUGCCACCUUCCUGAUCCAGGAGUAUUUCCGAAAGUUUAAGAAGCGUAAGGAGCAGGGUCUGGUCGGGAAGCCUACUCAGAAAAAUUCUCUGUCAUUGCAGGCUGGCCUGCGCACUCUGCAUGACAUCGGGCCGGAGAUCCGCAGAGCGAUAUCGGGAGACCUGAUCGUGGAGGAGGAGCUCGAGAAGGCCAUGAAGGAGACCUUGACAGCUGUGUCUGAGGACAAUAUCUCCAGGAGAGCUGGUGGCUUGUUUGGUAACCAUGUCAACUAUUACCAGAGCGAUGGACGAAACACCUUCCCACAAUCCUUCACUACCCAGCGGCCCUUACACAUCAGCAAGGAGGGCUGCAGCCCAGACCUGGAAUCUCCAUCUAAUGAGAAGCUGGUCGACUCCACCUUCACCCCAAGCAGCUACUCCUCAUCAGGCUCCAAUGCCAACAUUAACAAUGCCAACAACACAGCCAUUGGCUGCUUCCCCAACCCUGCCACCUACCAGAGCAGCGUUAGCACCGUGGACUGGCCAGGUGCCCCCCUGACAGCCAGCUUGCGGGCAGCAGCCUGGCAACUCAGCUCAAAGAGGACACGUUAUGAAACCCUUGCACGCUCUGACUCCGGAGAUAGCCGCCUGCCCAUCAUCCGCCGGGAAGAGGCGUCUCCCGAUGAGACGUACGACGAGAACUUCAACGACAACGCUGUGUACUGCAGCGAGCAGAGCAUGCUGUCCACCGAGAUGCUGGCAUACGAAGAUGAGGAGAACAAACAGCUAACGCCCAUGGAGCAGGGUGACAGGAAGGAGAACGCAAAGGCCUGGCAGUCUCCUACUAGAGCCUUCUUGUGCCCAAAAGCAUUAGGGAGAAGAUCAUCCUUUCAUCUGGAGUGUUUAAAGAGACAGAGGAGCCACGCAACAGACGUGUCUCAAAACACUGCCCUGCCCCUUCAUCUUGUACAUCAUCAGGCCUUGGCGGUGGCAGGACUCAGUCCCCUGCUCCGCAGGAGCCACUCCCCCACGCUGUUCAGCCGCCUGUGCUCCACGCCGCCCGCCACACCCUGCACCGAGGGCCAUUCCCACCAGCGCGUGCCCACCCUGCGGCUGGAGGGCACCAGCUCCCACGAGAAGCUCAACAGCAGCCUGCCCUCAGUGAACUGCGGCUCCUGGUUCGCAGACAACGCUAACGGCAACCCACAGCGGGUACGGCCAGUCUCACUCUCCGUGCCGAGCCAGUGCAGGGACUCAGCACUGCAGAGCCACGGCAGCGCGUGCAGCCUGGUCGAGGCGGUUCUGAUCUCAGAAGGACUGGGCCGGUACGCCCAUGACCCCACCUUCAUCGAGGUGACCAAGCAGGAGAUAGCUGACGCCUGUGACAUGACGAUAGAGGAGAUGGAGAACGCUGCUGACAACAUCCUCAACGGGAACAGCCAGCCCAGCCCGAACGGCAACCUCCUGCCCUUCAUCACCUGCAGGGACCAGGGAGCUCGGGGGCAACAGAGCGGACUGGAGGAAGAAGAGCAGGGGGAGCAGCGAGACUGUGGGGUAGCAGAGGAGGGCCUCAAGGACGACAUGGUUUGCGACAGCAGCCUGUAGAGAGAGGGCUUCAAGUGGCUCAGGCGCUCUCUAUUUGUCCUCCUGCUUUUUUUUUUUUUUAAUGUUAUGGGUUUGUUUCAGAAGUGCCUCACAGUUGUUGUGCUCUUGAAGGUGGAGAGGGGGAGGGCUGAGGGGGGAGGAGGAGACAAUGGAAUGUCUGGCGGUUUCUUCUUUUUUUUGUCAGUGAGGAAGGUACCAAACCAGCUCUUGGAGAGUUCAGGAGUUUGUUUUUUGGCUAAGGUGCCACUUCUGGAAGCUGCCCAUUGUGUACAAGAACCUCCUUUUCCUUCAGAGCUGCAGCAGAAUAGACACUUUCAACAGAUUAAAAGAAAAGAAAAGACAAUGGAAGAUUCAGCCCCCUCCCCUUCCUCCCAGGACCGUAUCAAUAAAGGUCAUUGGAAGAGGAGGUAAGGAGCUGCUGCCUCCUGCUUUUUGAAUCACUCCCCGUUGCUGUUUCUAAGGCAACAACACACCCUUUGUCGGGAGAGGCCUAUCAAGGCAAAAGGGACAGCGUCUUGUGCUGCCAAAUACCUCGACUUUAAUCAUUUUCUAUUUUGGUUUGUUCGCUUUUGCUUUGUGAAAUCAGCCUUUGCAGCCAACUGCCAUGGCAGGAUUGAGUGACAAGAGAAGUCUGGAAGGGGUAAGGAGGGGGGUGGGGUGUGCAGAUGAAGCUGUAUGAUUGGCCUGAAUCUAUGCUGCAAACCCAUGUGAUUGGAGAAUGUAUGGUCUUACCAGCCAAUCGGGCUCGCAGCCAGACUUGCAUAACAUCAAACAGAUUUUUUGGUUUAUAUAUGUGUGUGUGUGUGUGUGUACAAACUGGUUGGCAAUACCAUCUUGGUUGUUUCUAUGUGUCCGUUUUGUUUGGUUUUAACAUCAACGCUGCUUUGCUCUAUAAAAGACUGCAGUUGUUUUGCAUUUAGUUAAUAUUUAAAAAGUGUCACGCUUAUUAGAACAGAAAACUAAGAGAAGUUUACAUAAGAGCUUUCCACUCGCCCCCGUCCCAGAAGACUUGCACCCUAUUAUAAAACUAAUGUGCCAUAUUUGCAGUUUGUGGCAUGUUUGAUUGUGUGAAAGUCUAGAUGUAAACUCAUUCUCUAUGUACAUAUGUGUGCGUGUUUGGUGUGCGUGUGCAUGCAUGAGGUUGUAAGGGGGAUGUGUCUGUGUGUGCGCAUGUGUUCCACAAGAUAUGCAAAAACAAUGCAAUAACAUAUGGGACUGUAUACAAGUCUCAAAAAAUCAACUGUAUAAAAAAUGAAAAAAGAAAACAAUAUUAUAGAUAAUAUAUGCUCAGAGUAAUUGUUUUAUCGAGUUGCAAAUCUUUUCAUUGAAAAACCUGUUAUACUUGAAAUCAGGUGUUUUUCAGUGUUUUAAAAAAUGAUCUUGUGCCAAGCAAUUCUUUUUCUGAUAAUUACUGAAUAUCAUUGAUAUUAUAGUUAUGUUUAUUUAACUCACUAGUUGUAUAUUUGAUGCAUGAAAUUCAUUUUAGUAUUUUAGUGUGCCAAGUUAUGCCUUUUGAACGUUUAAGUGAUUUUAACUGUUGAGGGGAGAGAAAUAAAGAAGUUUCUGGAGGUUUUCUUUUUUUUUUUUUUGUAAAGUUACAAAAUAAAAAAAAUUGACAUUGUAGCUACUUAAAAAAAAACCAAAAAAAAACACAACACUAUGGACAUGUUUUUAUAUAAACUGAUUUUGCAUAUCUUGUGUUCAUCUAGUUUCAGGUUUUAAGUUUCUGUCUUCUAAAACUGACUGCGUAGAUUUCUUCUUCUACUCAUUAUGGUGUCCUUGUUGUAGAUCAAGGACAGGGUGUCCAUUUUGGUGUGGGGUUGAAGGGGUCAGGCUGGAGGAAGGACAGCUACACGAGAAUCUGCUUGAUGUACCUCCAAUCGCUUUGCUGGCGGACAAGGGAUUAUAUAUAUUCAAUCUAUGAGCUGAAUUCUUAUCAGAAGCAGCAGAGCAGACCCUCAUACCAUCCACACCACUUUCAGCAGUCCAUCUGUCUUCCAGGUUUGCCUUUGUCUGGCUCGGACGGCACCUGUGUUGACCUGCAUUUAAAGAGCCAGUGCAUACAGCUGUAGAUAUUUCUGUCAUUAAUUAAAUCAGUCGAUUUACUGGAAAACAGGCAACCUUGACUUUCAAUUGUUUGUGAAAAUAUUAAAAUUAGUGAUUGCAACGGUUUAAAACCAGUUUACGUUCAAGUCUUGUGUACUGUCCCUUUUAAAUACAGGUCAACACAGAUGCCAGACAGAUGUAAACUUGGAAGGUAGCAGCCUUGCUGGGUUCUACUGAGAGUGUUCAUGGGUUAGCGCUUGUGUGGAGUCUUGCUCCAUGUUCAGAAUUUGGCCCUAUAGAGUCUAAACAGGGAUGUCAAUCACAGAUACUGAAAUUGAGGGCCCCCACGAUGGACUCUCAUAAUUGGCAGCUCAUCAGUAGUGUCUACAAGGGUCCAGGCAUUAUGUAUAUAUAAAUUAAGUCUCUCUCAUAGCCUCGUUUAAGCCAGGGUUACUGUACUUCUCCCACUGUAUCUCUCUCUCUUGUGUAGGAUUCUUGUGUGUUUUGUUCGGCCAUCGUUAUUUGUAUCCUUUGUGCUUUAUCCAUGAUGAUACAAACAAUUGUACAAAACCUGAAAAUGUAGACAAAUGUUCCCACAAGAAUUCUAAUGUUUCUCUGAUUUUAUGACUGCUGUAUUCUUUGUACUGUGUCCAGUGAGAGAACACUACUGACUGGUGCCUGAUCUCCUUUGAUCUGCCUGCACUUUGUAUCUGAAGAGUGAUGAGGCUCUUUCUGUUUAUACAAGGUGCCAGACAGUGCCCUUGAGUGCGUGAACUCUUCGGUGACUAGUUCAAGUGCGUUUCGCUUACCUAAAGGAUGGAUUUUAGAAUAAGGGCCUCAGCUUUUUAGCCACACAUUGUUAUUUGAAAUGAAAAUACUUUAGCGAUUCAAGGGAGUUUAGUAACCCAUUUAAAUACAGAGAGAAAAAUAAAUAUAUUCGUAAUUGAAGCUGAAAAUAAAAUAGAAAAUCACACAGAACGAAAUGACUGAAAAUGUACAAUCCGUUCAAAAAAUUAAGUGAGCGGUUUCUGCUUGUUAUUAGUUGCUUAACAAAGCUCCAAGAACGUGUUGGAAGAGCAACUUGGUACCGGUCUGAAAUAGCACAGCUAUCUUAAUGAAUGUGUUCUUCCUGUGAUUUAAAUUAUUUAUGCCCCUUUUACACUGGUACAGCCGAGUCGGUGCCGAGCCCGGCCUGCCUGGUACAGUUUGGGUACCUUGAGUUGUUUUUACACAGAAGAGCCAAGCCGAAUGAAUGACGUCACGUGUAAUGAACGUGCCGAGUCGCAGGGAACAGAGAGAAGGCGAAUGGCAAAAAAGCUAAUGUGUUUUUUUCCCUCAUGCUUUGUCAUGCAAACAUUUGCAAGCAGUACUUUCUAGCCUAAAAUUAGUAAUAAUGAUAAUAAAAAAUAACCAUGAAGUCAUGCUUGAAUAUGUUCAUUAUUAUAGCUCUAUAAAAGGAUGGUCCUUAGUUUUUGAUGUUAUUUUAUUUAGGAUUAAUUUAUUCAUAAAGUGACAUUAGUCUUAUCUAACGUGAGUUCAAGGGCCCAUGUUAAAUGAAAAUAUUGACUCGCUUGUCAAAUAAUUACACUGUUAAUGUACGGAGAUUCAUAUUUAGUGAAAUCGACAAAAAAAAAAAUACAGUACAAAUCCGUAAUACUUUAGUUUUACCAUUGUUAAUCUGUGAAAAGACAACUUUAACGACAGUAUACACUGAAAAAUAAAACUUAAACAUGAAAUAAAGGCAAAAUCAAUGAGGUUACAGAUGCAACAGUCAAGGUGCACCAGCGUUAUGACGAAAGUCAAUAACCCCGCCCACAGCCCCCAGCCAGAUUAAUAUGUUAAUCGGGUCGGAGUUUCACGGUACGGGUCGGGUAUGUUGCCAGUGUAAAAACACCCGACCCGUGUGCCAGUGUAAAAGAGGUAUUAGAGUCUGUUUCAGUUAUCAUAUCCUCAGUAUUGCCAACCCCACCGCUGCAGAAAUCACGAGACAAACUCUUAGCAAUCAAGAGAUUUGGCGUCCGAUUCACGAAAUUUUAUUUUUCAAAACAUAAACCAAUAUUUCACUGCUAAGAGACAACCAAUAUUUUCAGUUGUUUUUUAAACCUUUUUAACAACAGCUUAUAAUGCGUCUAUAACACCUCAAAUCUCUUACAAACCUCUAUUAGUGCUUCUCAAAAUGCAUAAAAUCAGACAAUCCAGAUCACCAUGCAACAUUACAAACAACAUUAUUACCGUACCUGUUACUGCUGCGUAGACAGCUGCUGUGAUGACAACUACUGGAGUGUUGCAUGUUUAGCAAUAUGAAGGAGAUGGAAAGCAACAGCUCCAUUCCGAGUUGAAUUUGCAUCUACAGUGUUGGGGCGUUUUUUAGUUUUCCACCAUGACUAACGUAUACCUUUCGAACAGUGAAAAAUCCAGCGAUCCCACAGUACUGUCGCAACAAGGUCUUAAUUUAACUUAGAAAUCGCAAUACUGAAUCCCAAUACACCUGAGUGUGACCUUUAUCAUGACCCACUACAACACUCUGCCCCUAGUUGAGGUAGGAAAUACCACAUUCAUUCCAAGUCGUAUUUAUUACUGAAGCAUUUAUUUCAUCUACCAGGGGAGUGUUGCAGGGGGAGAGGUUACUGGCUGCACUGGUUAUGUUGGAUGUGAUGUAACAGAACAUUUUAUUCAAAGUGAAUCAAAAGUAACAAGCAAAAUUUGUUAGUUAAGAUAACUGAUAUUUCAGGCCCAUGCCGAGAUUCCUCUGUAGCAAAAACAUUGUCCGUCAUAGUCCCGACACAGAGUAUACGUGCAAAGGCUCAUUCUUAUACCUGAUUUUGUGAUUGUCACUCCCCUUCACCCUCCCGUUGAGGUGUUCCAGAUGCAGGACAUAGUUCAAACUGCUGGGCCGUUCAGUAGGAGUAGAAAUAGACUUCAGAAAAGCGCUCUGAUGUUCUCCAUUUGUCAAGAGCCAUUCUAUUUUUGAGCACAGCCUUUUUGGAUAAUGGGGACAGGUUUAAGUAGUUUUGACAAUUAUGAAUAGAAGUAUUCUGGGCACAUUUAUAAAAGCUUUUGAUUGUAUGUUUUUAUAUUACAUUUUAAAAGCAGUGAUCCCAAGGUUUAAAAAUAGAUUUUCUUACCACUUGUUAGAAUUAUGUACAACUUUUUUUUUUUUUUAUAAUUGCAGAUAUGGAAAUUUUUUAAUACUAUAAUGUAGCAAAAUAAUUGACACCAAUCGCUUCAUGUGAUAAAGGUCAUUUUCCAUUACCUGGCCAAAUGCCGUGAGCGCGUCUAACCCAGGAAGUAAAACUGUACCAGGAAGAGAAAUACAAGGAAAACUAUUAGCAUAACCCCAAUUAAUGUAAAGAAAUAAGCAAAUAGCAAAAAUAUCUGUAAGGUGAGGAAUAAUAUUCUAAAGCCUUGGGUAUCUCUACUUUCAAUUAUUUUGUAAGUCACAAUACAGCAUUCCCAGAUAAUAAUUGUUUUUGUUAUUUUAUGAGAAAUUCCUACUGAGUAUACAAUAGAAGGGGGCUUUUUUUGUUUGCAUUAUUGUUUAGCCUCGCCUACCUUCCAAUGCAGGAAAGAUGGAUUAUGGGAAACGUAGUUCUUUAAGACUGAAUACUUAAAAAACCCACAGCUACCACUGUCAUUCUGUGCAGUGUGAAGAACAGUGCUUGUCAGAAUUUAGGCAAGGGGGUCAGACAGACAUCCCUUUGACACUUUGAUGGUAUGUUUUAUUGUAGUUUUUUUUUUUUUUUUGCGUUUACCAUCAAGGGAAAUCAUAAAAAAUAAAUACAUUUACCAAUUUACAAUAACAAAUUCCAGGAAAAUCAGCAGUUGUAAUCUGGGAGUGCUGAUAUAGAUGUUUUCAGUUUUUAUGGUCCAUGUGACUUGCUUUCGUCAAAUCUGAAAACAACGUCUGCACUUAACACUUUGCUAGUUUUAGACUUUUUUUUUAAUAAAUAUUAUGCCAAAAGAAAUACAAUGGAGUUGUUUUCUUCACUGUACUUUAAUCCUUCGUAUUAAGGUAGCUGAAAUAGUAAUAUCAGGGCAGAGUGGCUUAUGUAUGAAUUAAGGUUUCUUUAGUGGAAAUGUGCUAGCUGGCAACACCUUGUAGUUGUAACCUCCAAGUAGUCAAGCAUGGAUUAUAGUAUCUAACACUAAAAUGAAUAGCAGUUGGCUAAUUUUGACUAUUGUAAGCCCUUUGUCUGUAAUAUAACUUCUACUGCACAUAUAUACAGACCUACAGAACAUGUACCAUUGAGAGAAAUAAACCCUUUAUCUGCCUGUGUUAGUGAGGGUCCAGGCAUUGUUGUUGUUAUAUUGGGCCCUGAUUACUCACAUGUAAAUACUACAUUCUUGGUUUCAGUGAAGAAUAUUUCUUCUUGGUCUUUCGGGAGAGUUUACUGUGAUUGUGUUUUGGUUGUUGGUAGACCUUGAACAAAAAAUAUAAUUCAAGGUAUGCCACAAGUCGUGAAGACAAACAAAUGGAAAUCAAAAUACACACUGAGGGUGAAAGAGGAGGCUGCAUACGGUACAAUAUUAUAUAUAUUUGCUUGUUCUUGUUCUGUGUGUGUGUUUUAUCAUCACCGUGUGUCGUAUGUGAGAGCUGUUGACGUCACUUUGGAUUGAUGGCAUUGGGUAAUAUGCCAUCACAUUAUUAACUGAAUGCAAGUGGGAGGAAUGGAUAAAUGAAUUUGGUUAAAUUGCUCAAAAUUUGGUUGAUGACUAUUUAUUUACUAUGUUAAACAGGUAGUCAUUGUUGAACCCCUUUAUUGAAGUUAAAUAUCCCAGUUUAAUGGUUGAUAAUUAAAUGUAACUUAAGAGUAAAAGUUAAAAUGUCAGGUGUCAUUUUUACAGAAAGUGUGAUCAUAGCUUACAUUUUGUUACCUUACUACAUUAGUUUUACAAUACAGAACACCCCGCAGCAUUUAGAGUAAACGCAAACGCUUUUACUGUGUCCCGUGUUGUCCAUAUCUUAGCGUUAUGUUUUUAAACAUAAUCAGAGCACCCGCAUUGUUGCAGGAGUGAGUAUGAUCUGGAUACGCUGCAAUACUUAGAAGAAAACUGAUCUUUCUCCUGGAGAACGUUCCAGCGAAAAAGUUGAAGGAGUUCCUCAGUUGAUUUACUCUUGAUGUGUGAAUAAAAAUAUAUAUCUGCAAUACGGAGAACACGGAAUACAGCAAAGGUAAUGGGUUUAUUUUCAAAUCCGCAGGGGAUUUGUAAUUCAUUUGGUAGGUAGUGCAUUUCAAGUUGCCAAAAAGUAGUUUCCCGUUUCUAUAACCUGCACUCAGAAACUCACACUUCCAUGUUGAGCAAGCAAUGCUGUACCCAAAAGAAAAGGCGUUUCCUCUUGCUCUUCCUUAAUUCACAGACUAUUUGCGAUUUAUAUCCAGCUGGUUUGUGUGCUAACUUAAGGAAAGGCAUAGUGAAUACUGCAAUGCCUUUACCUAUCAGUUAUUCGUCCGUUGCGUCUUUUCCAGUUAGCGUAAAACUCCUCGUCAAGGAAAAAAAGAUAUGUAGUCUCAUUUUUUUUCUUGUUUAUUUUGCACACUAAACGUUUUUCUUGAGAUAAUAUAAUGUCCGUGUCCUCACCACCCCACCCCACCCCACCAAAGUAUCUACACAGCUGGUCGACAAUGUCAGCUUUUCACUUGUGUUGUUACUGUGCAUUUAAUCACCACUGUAGUUGCUGUUGGCUCUUGCCUUCUGGGUUCUGUGAAUGUAUAAAACAUGUGCCCCAGAUAUUAUCACCUCUCCCUUCCCCACAGAACUAAGGACACUUAAAUACAGAAGCCAUAUCAAUAUAAGAAAAAAGAAAAGAAACUUACCAUUAAUUGGGGAAGCGAUAUAGAAAGCCAAAAGAGUGGAACCAUUUUCACCGAACUUGUGGUUGUUUUAUUUACCGAUUUCUCUCAAGGUCAGGUUUCAGGUAUACUGUGGAUUGAUGAACGGGUUAUUGUCCUGGCAUGGUCUGUGAUAAAUGGAGAUAUUGAAUCUCAAAAGAUCACCUACGCUUGUUUACACAAAGGGAAGGGGUUCAUCAGUAUAGCAUUGUUCUGAAUCCUUCUUUUUUUUCUGAGCUGAUAUAAUUUCAUCAUCUUUUAUCAUUCUCUUUUCAUUGCAAAAAAUUAAAUACAAAAAACUCACUUUUCUACUCUUAUUUUCAAAAAAAUAAGAAAAAAAAUUGAAUAAAAAAAUUGUUGAUUUGUAAAUAGGCAAUGUACAGUUUGUAACUGUUACUGUCAGUCUGUCCGGUGACAGAGUCUGUCUUGCUUAUAACGCACGCUACCAGUGAAUAAUAAAAAUAAAAAAUAAAUAUAUAUAUUUAGACUGUAUGGUCCUUUAAGCAAGUUUUAAAUUAAUCUCUGAUGUAUAUUCCUGUAACAUUGCAUUUUUAUCUAAGGAAUGAUGUUAUUAAAAGAAAUUGCAAAUAAAUUGUAUUUCAUGAUG